AUGGCACCGGGACCGUUCACGCUCCCGUCCGCGGAGAACGAUGUAAACGAGAAGCGAAAACGAGCGGCGAUCCGCGAGGUGAAAAAAUGGGCGGAAUCGUACAUCCCGAACGACAUCUUGGAGAAGCACGACUGCAUCGUGGACGUGUCGGAAAUCCAGUGCGGAGACCCGAACUGCGCGCCGAUUGAUACGGUCGUUAGGUUAUUGUUUAAAGGGAACGUUGGAUGCGUCUUCGGCCUCCCGUUUGAAGCGGUACAAGUGACGAAAGAAAUCCUAGACGAACAAAUGCCUCCGGAAGAGUACAUCGAAGGCUGGAUAGAAGGCCGAGAAGACUUGGAGUGGCCGCCCGGACCAGAGCUCGCGGAAGGCGAAGGCCCUCCGGAAGGCGUAGAGUUGCGAUUCGGCGUAGACGCGAGAGUGGAAUGUUGCAUCGGGGUAGGCGAAGACGGAUGGGCGCCGGGAACAAUCGUCGCGUUGUGGUAUCGACACCCGACGUGGGGACCGAAAGAUUACGCGCCGUACCAGAUUCAGUUGGACGAUCACGACGGGUUAAUUUUCGCGCCUCAAGAUAGCGACGUGUGCAUUCGGCUUUUGCAGGACGGCGGGAUGAGCGAUAGGUCCACGCCGGCCGAAGCCAAGUAA